UGUUAAUGCACACUACAGGUUGAUCUUGCUUCUGGAUCCAGCUGGAACAAGUUUCGAGCAUGGAUAUGGUAAGAGAGAACCAUAAAAAAGCAGGAUUAUUUGACAAUUAUAGCAGCUUGAUUCGCAAAUGUAUAUUUUCUGUGCUUUCGAUAGGUCCUGUUCCAAGUCAUAUAGCAUUCAUUAUGGAUGGAAACCGAAGAUAUGCUAAGAAGCAGAAUUUGCUCGAAAGGGAUGGCUAUCGUGCUGGAUUUUCCAUUCUUAUAAACGUGCUAAGAUAUUGUUACGAGCUGGGGAUGAAACACAUAACCGUUUAUGCCUUCAGCAUUGAUAACUUUAAACGACGCCCUGAAGAAGUUCAAUAUCUUAUGGAGUUGAUGCUAGAGAAGAUCGACGAAUUGAUUGCAGAGGAGAGUAUAGUGAACCACCUUGGUAUUAGGAUUUAUUUUCGAGGAAACCUAAAGCUUUUGAGUGAACCGGUCAGAUCAGCAGUUGAGAUGGCGAUGGCAACGACAGCCUGUAACUCAAAAGCUGUAUUAUCUGUUUGUGUUGCCUACACUUCAACAGACGAGAUAGCACAUGCUGUUCAAGAAUCUUGUGAAGAAAAACAGGACGACAUCAGAGAACGAGAUGCAAGUAAUGCUGGACAUUACGCGCUUGAGCAACUUAUUGGAGUGGCGGAUAUUGAUAGGCAUAUGUACAUGGCUGGUGUUCCUGAUCCUGAUAUUAUAAUCCGUACUUCUGGAGGAACUCGCUUGAGCAACUUUCUUUUGUGGCAGAGUGCGGGUUGUCUUUUAUAUUCUCCUCGGGCGUUAUGGCCUGAGAUAAGCUUCUGGCAUUUGGUAUUGGCAAUUAUUUACUUUCAGAGGAACUACUUUUAUCUGAAGGAAAAAAAGAAACAGGCAUAAAUUUACAGGUCUUAAACAACUCGUGAUCAUACUUCCGUUCUUGCCCUUUAAACGCGAGUAUAUAUUGAUUUUAUCGUAGAGAAGGGUAUAUUUUGUACAAUGUACUGAAUUAGAUUCAGCGCAGA